AUGACAACAUUGUUUGGCAAGCUUCAAGAGCAUGACCAAGAGCUCAUGAAUCUUGAGAAACAUGAGAAGAAUCAAAAGAAGGAGAAGAAGGAGAAAGAUAAGAACACCGAAAGGAAGUCUAUCGCUUUAAAGGCUUCAAGAUAUAAGUCAUCCACCAAAGAUGCGUGUGAGAGUGAGUCAAGUGAUGAUGAUAAAGAUUCGAAUGAAGACAUGGGGCUGUUCAUAAGGAGUAUUGUUGAUGGUGCAUGUGUUCCUUUGGAAGACAUAAUAAAAGAUCAAGAAGAAAAUCAUGUUGAACCCCAUCCAGAAAAAGAUGAGGAGAAGCCGGAUCUUAUUUCCGAAAAGAAAGAGGAGGAUAAUUCUAUUGAUAACAAUGAUAUUCCUUUGGAAUAG